UGAGGUUGAAUAAGCAAUUAUACAGAUUGUGUAUAUAUUGGACUAUCUCUGAUUGUCCUGAGGUGGUUUCGAGAAAUCAGUUGCUUCAUCCUCCAUUCGGCCAACAUCAUCAUCAUGAGGGUUACGGUAAUCGGAGCCACGGGCGAAACGGGCAGCGCAGUUGUGGACGGGCUGCUCAAUUCGCCCGAAGUCACCUUCGAUGUAACGGCUUUGAUUCGGCCCGCCUCCAUGAGCAAGCCAUCAGUACUCCGGCUGCAAGACAGAGGUGUCCAUACAACGCCAUUUGAUAUCGACAAGCCCAUCGAGGAGCUCGCAGCUCAGCUACAAGGUGUGGACGUACUCAUUAGCUGUCUUCUGAUGAACGAAACGCUCCUUGCGGACGCUGCAAAGAAAGCAGGAGUCAAGCGCUUCGUUCCUUGCUGGUGGGCGACAGUAAUGCCCAGAGGUUUUCUAUCUCUGCGUGACGGGAAAGAAGCCUUGUUGGACCAUAUUCGGAGACUCCAUCUGCCCUACACAGCCAUCGAUGUUGGAUGGUGGUACCAGAUCAGCCUCCCACGAUUGCCCUCAGGCCGGCUUGAUCGUAAUCUCCUGCUCUACAGCGCAUACAUUCCAGGAGACGGUAGCGUUCCCUCCGGUAGAACCGAUCGCAGAGACAUUGGGAAAUAUGUCGCCCGUAUUAUAGCAGACCCGCGCACUUUGAACCGCAAGGUCUUUGCGUACACGGAUCUCCGCACCCACAACGAAGUCUAUGACACAGUUGAACAGCUCAGCGGGGAACAAAUUCCUCGAAUUCACCGCACGGCCGAAGAGGUCGAAGCCGAGAUUGCAAAGUCAAAGGAUGAUCCCGAAAGGUUUCUCGACCAUUACCACUAUUCAUACCACAUGUCGUGUGACAUUAAGGGAGAGAACACGCCGGAAUACGCACGAUAUUUAGGCUACCUUGUCGCUAAGGACCUCUACCCUGACUUACAUGGCAUCUCCUUUGAAGACUUUGUCAAAGAGACGCUUGAGAAGGGUUUGGAGCCCAUGUAUGAGAUGAACCGGGACGUCAUGCUGAAGUAUGGUACACUUGCCUUUAGAGGCGCAAAUUUGAAGGAUUCAGCUUAG